AUGUAUAAGACAGCAGAAGGCUUCAGCCGGCAGUCUUAUAUGAAGGGCUAUGUGGUGAUAGGUCCUCCAUCUGCAGGGGCUUUUCGGGAACGCCCAUAUACGCCAACCACUUUGCGCCAAGUGUAUGAUCGUGGCCUCCUUCCAUUAAUGGUGGCACAUGGCGGCAUAAGCAACCACAUCACAUGGAGGGUAGAUAUCCAGAGGCUAGACUAUCAUUACUACCUGCCUCUUUUCUUUGAUGGCUUACGUGAGACUCAUCAUCCCUAUGAGCUCUUCGCCCGUCAGGGGGUCCAUGAUCUGCUGCAAUACGGAGGUGACAAGAUCUUGCCAGUCAUCCCCUGGCUCAUCAUCCCUAUCAAAAAAGCCCUAAAUACACGGAACCCCCAGGUGAUCUGCACCACACUUAAAGCACUGCAGCAUCUGGUCAUGUCUGCAGACAUGGUGGGAAAAGCUCUGGUGCCAUACUUCAAAAAUGUCCUCCCUAUUUUCAACCUCUUCAAGAACAAGAACAUAAGCACUGGUGAUGGUAUUGACUACAGCCAGAGGAAGGGACAAAACAUCGGGGACUUGAUUCAGGAGACUCUAGAGAUAAUGGAGCGUUAUGGAGGAGAGGAUGCCUUUGUAAACAUCAAACACAUGGUUCCCACCUAUGAGUCCUGCAUGAGCCAAUAA